CGCUGCUGAAAGUUGGGCAGUAUGGCAUUCCUUUUGCCGGAUUCCAGCAUUGAAAAUAAAAGUUACAAUGGGAACGGGCUUGUUUAUGUUAAGAACCCUCACUUGGACUUGAUGGAUGAAGACAUUCUCUAUCACUUAGACUUGGGGACUAAAACGCACAAUCUGCCUGCUAUGUUUGGUGACAUAAAGUUUGUCUGCGUGGGCGGGAGCCCCAACAGAAUGAAAGCUUUUGCUCAGUUCAUGCAUAAAGAACUUGGACUUGAAGGAGACAGCAAAGACAUGAAAGACAUUUGCGCUGGGACAGACCGGUACUGUAUGUAUAAGGUUGGCCCAGUGCUCUCCAUCAGUCAUGGGAUGGGUGUUCCCUCCAUUUCUAUCAUGCUUCAUGAACUAAUCAAACUGCUACACCAUGCAAAAUGCUGUGAUGUUACCAUUAUACGCAUCGGUACUUCAGGGGGAUUAGAUAUGAUAUUUCUUCAGCCCCCACCAUGGAAAAGUUCCAAUAUAAACAUGACAACACACUCGCAGUUGGAAUCAAAUUCUGUGCUGAACAUGGGGAUUGAACCUGGCUCUGUUGUGAUAACAGAUAUUGCAGUGAAUUCGUUUUUCAAACCUCAGUUUGAGCAGGUGAUACUGGACAAUGUGGUAAUACGCAGCACUGAACUUGACCAAGACCUGGCUGAUGAACUGCUAGAAUGUAGCAGACAUAUUAAGAAUUUUCCAACACUUGUUGGCCAUACAAUGUGCACCUAUGAUUUUUAUGAGGGUCAGGGACGAUUAGAUGGAGCUUUGUGCUCCUUUUCCAAUGAAAAAAAGCUAGAGUACUUAAAACGAGCCCACAAUGCUGGAGUUAGAAACAUAGAAAUGGAGUCUACUGUGUUUGCCGCUAUGUGCAGGCUGUGUGGCCUUAAAGCUGCAGUGGUCUGUGUGACUCUCCUUGAUAGACUUGAAGGGGACCAAAUCACAGCAUCUCAUGAAGUUCUUGCUGAAUAUCAACAACGACCACAACAACUAAUUGCAAUGCUUAUCAAAAAACGCCUUGGGCUAUGGUAUCCCAGAGAAAUGUAAGAGAACUCAGUCAUCUGGUUGCAGAGCACAUACACCUGUUGUGUAAUAUGUACAUAUAUA